AAAAGAAGAAGAAGAAGAUUUCUGUGAAUUUUAAUUUCCUCUUCAAAAUCAAAACAAAGUUUGUUCACAUACAUUUUUAUUUGCUCAAAGUGAAGAAUUUAAAGAGAUAUGGCUGGUGUAUUAUUCGAAGAUAUAUUCAAUGUUAAAGAUAUUGAUCCCGAAGGAAAAAAAUUCGACAGAGUGAGCCGACUGCAUUGUGAAAGCGAAUCUUUCAAAAUGGAUCUUAUCCUGGACGUGAAUUCAUGGCUAUACCCCAUGGAAUUAGGCGACAAAUUCCGAUUGGUUCUUGCCACCACCCUUCGAGAAGACGGGUAUGCGGACGCGGGCGAUUGGAACCCCCAAGGGCUGGAGAAUGAGGGUUCUAGGGCCGACAGCUUCGAGUACGUGAUGGCCGGCAAGGUUUACAGGAUCGAGGGGGACGAAGCUGCCAAUGAACCGUCCAGUAGGCUUGCUGCCUAUGUUUCCUUUGGUGGACUCUUGAUGAGGCUACAAGGUGACGCAAAUAAUUUGCACAGCUUUGAAGUGGAUCAACACAUGUAUCUGCUGAUGAAGAAGAUUUUCAUGUGAAACUUUAUUUUUUUAUGGAUCAAAAUGUUAAGAGGAGAAACUGUCAAUAAAUGUUUGUAUAGAGAAAAAUUGUGAGUAACUGGCAAUGAAAACUGUCUUUUAUUAGAUUCAGCUGGAAAUUUAACAAUAACAAUAUAAUCUCAUUGAAUCAGCGAACAAAUGAUUAAUCACCUACAACAAUACAAAUAAGAUAUAUCACUACAUGUGAACGGUCAUGACUAAUAUAACUGGAAAAACCUCAUAAAAGGCAUAAACUGAUAAACAUAUAUAAUAACAAUGUCUGUAACUGAAUUUAACAGACUAAAACAAAUAAUCUAUAUUUUAUUGUAACUUCUCAUGAUAUAAUAAUUGCGGUGAACUUCAGGUACGACAUCUGUGACUAGUUCUAUCAAAUCCAAAAUUAG